ACGUAUUAUUUUGUUUGUCCUCAUCGUAACUUAGUAAACUGUAUGUUAUUAUUGAAUUGAUAUUGGCACACACACAAAAGACACCAAACACUUCGCUAUAUGGUGGCGACAACGAGCCACCAAAAAGCGACCGGGAAAUAAUGACUUCCGGGUCAAUUCUCUCUUCCUGAAUAAUGCUAGGAUAACGUGUUGUAGUCCAUGUGUGGUUAACUGUUAGCAAUUCUAAUGAGUUCACAAAAAGGUAACGUGUCUCGAUCGCGAGGCCAAAGGCACCAAAACACCAUUGCCUUCAAAAACGACAAAUAUGGCGCGACAGCACAAGUAAAGAAGGCACAAUCCAAGAUCCACGAUGGACUCUGUCAACACUGUAAGGGUGUUCUCGAGUGGAAAGUCAAGUACAACAAAUAUAAGACUCUGACACAGCCCCGUAAAUGUGUCAAAUGUUCUCAGAAGACUGUGAAGGAUGCUUAUCACGUCAUUUGUAAGCCUUGUUCUCUUCAGCUAGAGAUUUGCUGCAAGUGCGGAAAGAAAGAGGACAUUGUCAUCCCAGUUAACUCGCAUUUGGGCCAAGAAGAAGAAGACGAAGAAAAGGAUGAAGAUGGCAAACAUAGAGGCAAAAUGUGCAGAAAGAAGGACAUUAGUAACUUGGAUGAUCACGAGGAAGACUUAAGUGAUUGUGAGGAUAAUGAAGACUGUGACAGUAAUCCAAUGCCAAAGAAGACACGGAACAAGUUGGCUCCGCUUCCAGAUAUGUCCAGAGUGACCAUCACAAACUAAAUGUGAUGGCGCUAACUGGACGAAUGGACGCUUUGGCAAAGAGGUAUUCUGGUCGUAUAAAAAGCUAGUUGAAAUGGAAAUAAUAUAUUGGUAUUUGGCAGAGUCUGAAACACACACACACACACUUGCUGGAUACUUCAUUGGGAAUACCCACACACCCAUGCAAUACAAUAAACGUCCACUGAGUAUUCUCCUAACACAGGGGUCGGCAACCUUUACUAUGAAAAGAGCCAUUUUACCCCCUUGCCCACUAAAGAAAAAUAGCCUGGAGCCGCAAAACAUAGUAUGUUUAAAACAACAUUGGAGGGAAUUUGGGGGAAUCAAAGUAGUUCAGAUAAGAAAAGACGAGUUGGAGUACUCUUCCUAGUAUUGGAGAUAAACUUACAUAAAUGUACGUGUGAACUUACUUGACUUGUUUACUCUGCCGCAAACAGGUUCCCAUGCAGCAGUUUUUUUAAAUUAUCUCACAUUUAUUUUUUAGAAUUGUCAAAUAGCUCUGGGAAAGUAUUACUUAUUUUCCUUCAUGUUUACCUGUGUGAGAGAGAACUGAAUAGCAUCCUGUCUGUUCAUCCAAUCACCAGUCAGAACUCGGCCAGGAUGCAUUCAUGGUCUCACACAAAGUUGGAUUACAAAGACAUGCAUUUUCCCCACUCGGGUGUUUAAAAAUCUUCAAGCAUUGCAAAGCGGCUGCACGGCGGGCGAGUGUUUAGUGCGCAGACCUCACAGCGAGGAGACCCGAGUUCAAUCCCACCCUCGGCCAUCUCUGUGUGGAGUUUGCAUGUUCUCCCUGUGCAUGCGUGGGUUUUCUCCGGGUACUCCGGUUUCCUCCCACAUUCCAAAAACAUGCUAGGUUAAUUGGCCACUCCAAAUUGUCCAUAGGUAUGAAUGUGAGUGUGAAUGGUUGUUUGUCUAUAUGUGCUCUGUGAUUGGCUGGCCACCAGUCCAGGGUGUACCCCGCCUCUCGCCCAAAGACAGCUGGGAUAGGCUCCAGCACCCCCGCGACCCUUGUGAGGAAAAGCGGUAGAAAAUGAAUGAAUGAAUGCAAAGGGAGCCACAACAAAGAGGCUAAAGAGCCACAUGCGGCUCUGGAGCCGUGGGUUGCUGACCCCUGUCCUAACACUACCAUGUAUGCCACAUCGCAUUCUCCCUUGUGCUUUGUCUUGAAGUUGGGGCUCUAAUGUACUAGUUCUAGUAUCUGCUACCACUCAGUGUACACAACACAGGCGACAUAAAGCACUGCAGGUUCCUCAAUGCUUCAGCAUUGCGUCAUUAUAACACAUUUGAGGAUCUGUGGCUAGAAAUGAAUAUACACACACUUUAGCUACACUUUUGUUGUGCCUUAGCUGUGAAUGCUGCAGACUUCUGUCUUCACUUUGUCCAACAACUACAUGUUAAGAAGUAUGUAUAAAAUACCUGUUUUCCUACUCUAUCAAA